UCCGCGACGUCCCCGGCUGCUAGCACGACGCUGACGUAGACACUGUGCGACCGGACCGGACUUUAAUAGAGUGGACCUAACCAAAGUAAACAUCCAAAUGUGGAGCAUGAGGCGUUAGCAAUGAGUUCUAAACGAUUACAAGAGCACAGCGACAACCCGGAGAAGCGAAAAAGGAUAAAGAAACGCGAAGAAGUGGCUCAACUUUCUGUGGUUGUGGAUGACGAGGAAGUGAAGAAAGCCGUGAAGGAAGCAUGGGCACAAGGAGUCCACUACUCCCAUGAGAACUUGGAGUUGAACUGCUACCCUUUCCCACAUUGCAUCAUCAAGGACUUCAUCCACAGUGAGGCGUUCACAGAAAACCUCCAGAAGGAACUUCUAGAGCUGAACUUCCACGAGAAGUCCAACGACCUCUACAAGUUCAAGCAGUCUGAUGACUUACAGGAGAGAACAGAAUCCCAUAUAUCAGGCUUGAGGGCAGCGUUAUUUGGCCGCUUCCGUUGCUGGCUCGGAGACGUUCUGGGUGUUGAGCUCGAACCCACCGUGGACAUCUCCUGCGCCAAGUACCAGUAUACCGUCCUUCCUCCAGAUAUCCUCCUCUGUCAUGACGAUGAGCUGGAGGGCCGGCGGGUGGCUUUCAUCCUGUACCUGGUCCCCCCCUGGCAGAGCAGCGACGGGGGCACCCUGGACCUGUACGCCACCGACAGUCACCUCCAGCCAAAGCACAUCGUCAAGUCCCUGGUCCCCUCCUGGAACACCCUGGUGCUGUUCGAAGUGUCUCCGGUGUCCUUCCACCAGGUGGCGGAGGUGCUGUCGGAGGAUAAGUGCCGUCUGUCGCUGAGCGGCUGGUUCCACGGGCCCUCUCUGGAGCGGCCGUCCCGCCACAUUGAGGAACCCCUCCCCCGGAGCCCCCACCUACCCAGGGAUGAGACGUUGCUGCUGGAGUGGGUGAACCCCAUGUAUCUGGACAUCUCCUACCAGGAGCAAAUCCAGGAGGAGUUUGAAGAGAGCGCGGAAAUCCAGCUUAAAGACUUUUUAAAGGAGGAGAAGUUUGCGGAGGUCAGCGUGGCUCUGAGGCUCCACGACAUCCAGUGGGCCAGGAGAGGGCCGCCCAACAACAGGUCCUAUGAGGUGGCGUCUCUGGAGAGCAUCCCCCCGUGUGUCAGUGAGUGCUGGGAGCUGCUCUGCUCCGAGGCCUUCUUCCUGCUGCUAUCCAACUUCACCGGCCUCAGGCUGCACUUCCUCUGCCCCAACGACGAAGACGACGACGAAGAGGAGGACGAGGAUGAAGACGGGGAGAAUGAAGAGAAGGAGGAGAAGGAGGAGGAGGAGGAAGAGGAGGUAGAGGAGGCGGAGAGCCAGGAGAGUGCGAGGGGCGGAGAGGCCACGGGGUCCGCGAUGGAGACGCCGUCGACGAGGAAGAAGACCAAGGCCAAAGAGCCGAGCACCCCUGAGUACGUGGGAGAGCUGCGCCGGUGGACCCACGGGGGGUACACGCUGCUCCACGAUGGAGAGGCGACGAGGGCCGAGUACGCCUUGGACCUCAUCCUCCCCUUCGGCUGCUCAGACUGGCCGUCAGAGUUCGGGGGCUUCACGUCGUACGUGGCCAACGAGGAGGACGAGGAGCUGCUCACGGUGAACCCGGAGGACAACUGCCUGGCGCUGGUCUACCGCGACAAGGAGACCCUCAAGUUCGUCAAACACAUCAACCAUAAGAGCUCCUGUCAGGAGAACGGCAAUAACCUUCGUAGAACAUUUUACGACUUCUCUUUUGUGUACUAUGAAUAAAUCUUUGUGACUUUUACUGUUUGGUUGUUUCUCCAGUGCUGAAUCGAUCCAAGCUGUCAAUCAUACAGUAUAAAUCAAUAUCAGGUUAUGGAAGGGUCUAGAUUAAUUACAGCAGGAGGCAAAAUAUUUUAGAUAAUAAUGUUUGGUAGGUUUUGUUGUUUCUCUGUUAAACUGUACGUCCACACCAGGAGCGACCAAAGCGUCUUCGCUUUGGUCGCUCACAAAGUUUCGCUGCGAAUUUUUCUGUUCGCUUUGGUCGCUCAUGACGUACAAUUCAAUCAUGCAGACGCAAUUAAAGGAACCGUAUGCGUUUAGUAGGCCCUACAGACAGCCAUAUCAAAUAGUGAACUCUCCCAUACACCUUGGCCAUAUUGCCGAGACGGUUUUGCUUGUUCGAUAAAGUGCUUCGACAACAAGUAGGACAGUGAUUCCCCCCAAUAUAAAAAAAAUCCUAAAAUGUAGGCUAAUUACAACCGAGAACAAAAAACCCUGCAUGCUGUAGUAGUUGAAAUAUGUUUCACUGAUCUGGAUCUGCAAAUCAUGAUCUGCACUCAUUCGUCGCAUUCAAAACAAAUAGACAUUGGCGCACAUGGCUAAUUUGCAUACGUGCACAGGACUGGUUGGCUCCGCAAGGCAAAUAAUGGAACAUAUCUAUCUAUCUAGGCCUUUCUGUCUAUCUAUCUAUCAACGCGUGUCUAGUUUUAAUGUGAUGUAUUGUGUGUAUGUCCAGUCAGACUUGUUCUGUGUGGUCUUGUAGGCUACUGUCCUGUGUGGGCCGAAACACCUAAAUGGAUUCCCGACGAUUUGUGUCGUUUGGUAUUAAUAAAGACUUGACUAGGCUAUCUAUCUAGACUAUUUAAUUAACAAUUAUUCACCUCAGGCUCCGGGAAUAGA